UGCGCUGAUGCAGCGUCGUCGGCGCAGCUCCACUGCAUUGACGAAAGCAAAGGUUGAGGUCGUUUCAGAUGUCGGAGCACCACGGAAAGACGGGCUACGGUGCAAAGUUGAAAUGACUCUCUGUUACGAUGGCCUCGACACGCUUCGGGCGCAGACAUGCCUCCUCCUCACGUUUGACGAUGCCGCGCCCAGCUACGUGCUUGGCGCUCGCCACCACCGCCCUGCGUGCGCUGAUGCCGACGCCGGUGGUGCCGUUCUCGUCCAGCUCCACGCAGCAGUGAGCUCGCGACCCGACGCGAGAUUGCACUUUGGAGACCUCGUCUACAUGACGACACCUUCACCAGGCGGACUGCAUGUCUUAUCGACGGCGGCGAUGACAAGUCGUCUCCACUGGUCAUCACGAGGCGCCUUCAAGAAGCGCAACCUCUUUCGCCUAGCACCGAGCGACUCGGCGCUCGACGGCGCGAUCCAGAUGCACGACCAGUUCCACUUGCACAGUGUGCGCUGGCCAACGCACGUCGUUGGCUUUGAUGCCAAACGCUCCGAGCUCGUGCUCCGAAGGAAACAACACCCAGUCGCCUUCUCGGCCCUAAAUGCGGCCACGUACGCGGUUCGAUUGGCCAAGCUGCACCGCCGCCGUCAGCUUCGUCGCGUGGCGCUGCCAGUUGUCUACGUGGCCCUCGAGGCAUCGCGUGUCGAGCACUCCGAGACAAAAGACGAUGCCGUACUCGCAUUUCUGAUUCCCGACUUGGUGCGCGCACGUUGAUGUAAUGAAUACUUGUUGUGCCAUCGGC